CAAAGAUGACACACACCUGUCACCAACCCCGCCCACCUCCACCCCACGCCUCUGUUCUACUGUAGGGCUGCCACUUGACUAUAAAGCCAACAACUCCAGAGGAACGCAUAACACUGUCAAUCUCUUUUUUAACAGGGACCAUGUUAUGGACUAUACUUUUAACGGUCAGUGGUCUGCUCGCUCUCAUCAUGCUUUACUCUUCCCGCUCAAGAAAGAAAAAUGAGCCACCAUUAGUCAAAGGCAUUAUUCCAUGGCUGGGUCAUGCCCUGGAGUUUGGAAAAGAUGCUGCAAAGUUCCUAACACGGAUGAAACAAAAACAUGGUGACAUUUUUACGGUGCGUGUUUGUGGUCAUUACGUCACUGUACUGCUGGACCCUAACUCCUAUGACGCGGUCCUCGAUGACACAGCCUCUCUGGACUUCAGUCGCUACGCCCAGGUCCUGAAGCAGAGGAUCUUCAACCUGAGACUACCCAAUCACAACCCAGACACAGAGAGGGCCUGGAUGGAACAGCACUUCCAAGGCCCCAGCCUGGCCAGACUGAGCAGCCGCAUGCACCUCCACCUCCAGACCUUGCUAAGGGAAGAGGAGAGGAGCUGUAGCCCAGCAGAGUGGAGGCAGGACGGACUCUUCAGCCUCUGUUACAGCCUGCUCUUCAGGGCUGGGUAUCUCACACUGUUUGGUACAGAGAAAAGCAGCAACGUCACUGAACUCGCUGCUGUCUACAAAGAGUUCCGCAAGUUUGAUGGUCUUCUCACAAAACUGGCUCGUUCAACCCUUAAGCAAGAGGAGAAGAGGACAGCAAGCCUGUCCCAGGAGCGAUUGUGGGAGCUGCUGUCCCCAGCCUGGCUGAGCAGAGGAAAGGGGUCAGAGAGCAUAGAUCAUGGGUUAAACAGCAGCUCCUGGCAGCAGAGUUACCUCAGGCAUCUACAGAGGGAAGGAGUGGACACAGAGAUGCAGAGACGAGCCAUGCUGCUUCAGCUCUGGGCCACCCAGGGUAACGCUGGGCCUGCUGCCUUCUGGCUGCUGGGCUUCCUGCUCACCAACCCUGAGGCCAUGAGAGCAGUGAAGGAGGAGCUCAGAGGCCUGGCUCUGCAGGAGGACGGCUCCCUACAGCACCACCUUCUGGACACACUGGAGCACCACAGCACACCUGUUUUUGACAGUGUUCUGAGCGAGACCCUGCGUCUGACUGCUGCUGCCCUCAUCAACAGAGAGGUGAUCCAGAACACGACCCUUCGUCUGGCCAGUGGACAGGAGUACCACCUCAGACAGGGGGACAGGGUAUGUCUGUUCCCCUUCCUCAGCCCGCAGAUGGACCCUCAGAUACACCACGACCCACAGACAUUUCAAUAUGACCGCUUCCUAAACGCAGACGGGACAGAGAAGAAGAAGUUCUAUAAAGAUGGGGAGAGACUGAAAUAUUACACCAUGCCAUGGGGUGCAGACAAGAACAUGUGUGUUGGGAGACACUUUGCAGUCAGUGGCAUCAAACAGUUUGCGUUCAUGGUCCUCUCCCGGCUGGACCUGGAGCUGUGUGACCCGACUGCCACCGUUCCUCCGGUCAACCCCAGUCGAUAUGGAUUCGGGAUGCUCCAGCCCGAUGGAGACCUGGAGGUCCACUACAGACUCAAGACUCUGCACUAGGUCAUGACCCCUGACCCCACACACCAUCCUGAUUUUAGCAUUAAAAGACUCCAAAAAACGGCCAAUCAUUUCAGGUCCAGUACCAUCAUUGGGCCGCGGGUGUGAAAGAUUCAGCAGACUGCUGGCAUUACACAUACUGGAGUAACUUUGACACCUUCUGGAAACAGAAGAUACUCUACAGGAAUGACGGAGUCCAUCCAAAUCAUCUUGGCUCCUGGACUCUGUCCAUGCAUUUCAAGGCUGUGUUGAAA